AUGAAGUUAGAUACCAGGGCCAUGCGCCAUUUGACGGCGGAGGACUGGAGGGUCCUGACAGCAGUAGAGAUGGGCAGCAAGAACCAUGAGAUCGUGCCGACGCCACUGAUCGAGAAGAUCGCCCGGCUCAAGGGAGGCGCCAGUGGCGUGCACAAGUCCAUCUCGGCCCUGGCCAAGGUCGGCCUGAUCGCGCGCAUGAAGGAGGCCAAGUACGACGGCUACCGGUUAUCGUACGGCGGGCUCGACUACCUGGCCCUGCACACCCACGCCGCGCGCAAGCACGUCUACAGCGUCGGCAGCCGCAUCGGCGUCGGCAAGGAGAGCGACAUCAUGAUCGUGGCCGACGAGAAGGGCACGCAGAGGGUCCUCAAGAUCCACCGCCUGGGCCGCAUCUCCUUCCGCACCGUAAAGAACAACCGCGACUACCUCCGGAACCGCCAGUCGGCCUCCUGGAUGUACCUAUCCCGCCUCGCCGCCAUCAAAGAGUUCGCCUUUAUGCAGGCCCUCCGGGAGGAAGGCUUCCCCGUCCCCGAACCCAUCGCCCAGUCCCGCCACACCAUCGUCAUGACCCUCGUCGACGCCCCGCCCUUGCGCCAGAUCGCCUCCGUUCCGGACCCCGCCGCCCUCUACGCCGAGCUCAUCUCCCUCAUUCUGCGCCUCGCCAAGCACGGCCUCAUCCACGGCGACUUCAACGAGUUCAACAUCCUGAUCCGCGAGGACAGGGCCGACGAGCAAGACCCAGACUCCCCCAUCACCCUCACCCCGGUCCUCAUCGACUUUCCUCAGAUGGUUUCCAUGGACCACCCCAACGCCGAGAUGUACUUCGACCGCGACGUCGAGUGCAUCAAACGCUUCUUCUCGCGGCGAUUCCACUUCGUCAGCACCACCCCCGGCCCUUUCUUCAAAGACGCCAAGAAGACCGUCGGCCAUGAUGGCGCAAGGAGGCUAGAUGCCGUCGUUGAAGCGUCCGGUUUCACCAAGAAGAUGGCCAAGGACCUGGAGGCUGCUAUCCGCGAAAAGGAGGCCAACUCGAAAGAAAAUGCGGAAGACUCCGACGGUAUGGAAUAUGAAUCCGACGAGGAUGAUGAAGAGGCCGAAGGGAGGGACAGUGACAGUGGUGAUGAUGGGCCCUUGGUGAUUGGCGACCGGAUUGUAAACACUGAAGAAGGGUUAGAGAAACUUACAAUUAACGACGGGACUUGAAUUAAACAUUGUUGCAACGC